UGGCUUGAAAGAAAGGAAAAAGAAAUUGCUUUCAGCCCUAUCCAUGUAUUUGAAAAUGUUGAGGAUAAUGAGGUGAACAUGGAUUGGGGACACUGGGUAUUCUCUGAAAGUUCAGUCAGUACAGAUGUUGGCCUAGGAUGUGGAUGCCUACCGGUUCAUGAAGGAUCUGUCAAUUCCUUGCACUUUGAUACCUUUCUGAAUGCUUCCAGUUUCACAAGAAUAUCGUCAUACCAAAACAAGACCACUCCGGAUCAGUGUUCCUUUCCUCAGAUUGAGAAGGAUUCAAAGGCAUCACUAAAAGGUACAGAAGGGAUACUUGCUGCACCGGUUGAAGUAAUAUUGCAGGAAAAACCUGAAGAAAUUGAUUCCUUUACUGGGAAUUCCAGCGGUGUAUACUCAGAUGCUGAGUUCCAGAAUAGACUUCUUCAGGAAAGGAUAAUGUCGCAUUAUCAUUCUUGUCGCAAUCAAUCUGAAAACUGCCUAUGGAUAGACAAAUACCAGCCUGAGAACUCCUUGCAGGUAUGCGGGAACGGCGAAGAAGUGAAAUUUUUGUGUGAGUGGCUGCAUCUUUGGCACACAAGGGGUUCUCUCACCACUAGACAUGGCAGUGCUGACAAUAAAUUGACUGCACAAGAUGCUGAUUAUGAUUGUUGUCUAAGUGAAUGUAAUUCUGAUACUGUAGAUGAUUUGAAGAAUGUUCUCUUAGUAACUGGGCCAGUUGGGAGUGGGAAGUCUGCUGCCAUAUAUGCUUGUGCGAAAGAAAAGGGAUUUCAGGUUAUUGAGAUCAACUCGUCAGAUUGGCGAAAUGGAGCUGUUGUAAAGCAGAAAUUUGGUGAGGCUGUGGAAUCACAUUGGCACCAAUGGUUAGUCUGUAGUUUAUUGUUAAUCUUGCGUUUAAAAUCGUUUCUGUUUACUAAAGCAAGUGUGGAGACACAUCCCAGUGAAUAUACUUAUUGGUAUGUUAAUGACUACUUUCACUUUGGAUUUUCAUGGUGGCAUGUUAACCUAACCUAUAAUUCUGGAUGGGUAACAAAUCCUCUUUCUUGGUUUUACUUUGUAACUAUGACCGUUUUACUUUGUAACUAUGACCAUUUUACUUACAGUGCAUACACUCUUCGUCCAGGUAUUGAAAUGCAGAUGAAGUAUAGUCCUCUUCUAUUUGAUCUUGAUGCUGGGCAUAAAAUGUUACCAAAAAUAAUCCCUUGGGGUCACCCUUCUCGCCUCUCUGAGAUUGUGGAAGAGGAAAUUGUCAAUUCAUUGGUUUUGAUGGAAGAAAACUGCAGUCUGGUUGAAAUAGUUGUUGAGGAAGACAAAUUGAAUGAAAAUAAAACACAAAAUACUUGUGUGAAGGAUGGUGAAGCCGACAUCAUCGAGGAAAAGAAGGAAGCUAUGUUGAGAUUGCACUCCUCAACUCAGGAUGAUGAUGAAUGUGUACAAAUUGGUACUAUUUGGGAGUUUUCUGAUUCCUCUCACUCCCCAAUAGCGUUCGCUCGACGAAAUAGACGGAAAAAGAUUGAUGCAGUACUUUCUGAUUCUGAAGGGGAAUGCUUCGAUGAGAGGAAAUCCAUUGUCUCUGGGGAAAUAAUUGAUGGUGUUAAUGGCGACGCACUUAAAAUGAAAAGCUACCCAACCGAUCCCUGUUCGCGUACUGAAAGCUGUUGCAAUCCAACUGAGCAAAUCAAUUUUAAAGUAGACAAGUUGGAGGAAAGUUGUAGUCAGCUGCCUGCUGGAGCUGAUAAUUCUCUUAUAGAUGAGAGAGGUAAAUCGCUUGAUAUUUACCAUGAGCCAGAAUUAUCAUUCGUCCCCGAGACAGAAAUUAUGAAUGAAGGAGAAUUAUUUCCAACAACAGUAUCUCAUGGUCAUUUUGCCAAUGCAGUGGGGGCUGAAUCUGUAAUUCAAGAUUCACUACUAAACUUGAAUCUUGUCACAGUUGAUAAACUCUAUCAAUCUUUACACAUGCUUCCAAAUGAAGGAGAAUUAUUUACUACCACAGUAUCUUACGGUCAUUUUACGAAUGUAGAAGAAGCAAAGUGUCUGACUCCAGAAUUACCACCAAACUUGGAUCCUGUCAGUGGCAUUAAAUUUGGACAUUCUUUACAUGUACUGCCUACUGACCAGGAAAUUUUAGGAAAUAAAUCUGAUACUAAUGAAGUAUUAGGUUAUCGAGAGGAGGUAGGAGAUUCUCUAUCCAAACACGAGGAGGAUGUUCCAAGAGGGUAUCAACUGAUGGAUGAAUGUAGCCGCAUAGAUUUCAUUAGGAGACUGAACUCCUUCACUGAUCCUGAACCUGAUUGUGUAAUCGAUUCUUUACAAGAAACAUGGAAAAAUCUGCGUGCUGGUGGUGAGAAUUUCAAACAGUAUGUUACCUCAGAAGAGAAAAAUGCUUGCCAAGCUCUAAAUCUUGCACAUGGAAUGAGUAAUUUAAUUUCGGAAGCUGAUUUAUUAAUUAGAGACUGCCAAGUGUCAUUAUGUGAUUUUCUGGAGCCAUCAAUGAUUUCUUGUGAGAAAUCAUAUUCGUAUAGUUCUUGUGAUGAUCAAUUGCAAAUGUCAUCUGUUCUUGCUCAACAUGGAAUGUGCUACUAUGCUAAAGAAGCUGCUGCUUUAGGAUCAAAAAUCGGGUCCAUAAGCUCAGUAGAUUUGGCAUCGGAAAUGUUAGAGUCCUCUGCAAACACGAUGGCACUGGGAAAACUAGUUUGUCAUUGUGAAAGAAAGAUUGAAAAAUUAAAGAUGAAACCACCAGAAAGUUGCAAUCUCUUAAGAAGCAAAAUGGACUCAAAUAUUUACAAUGUACUUAAGUCUGUAGUUCCCUCGAAGUCAUAUCUGUCAGCAAAGGGUGAGGCAUUUCAUGAAUAUCUGGCAGCAUUAAGCCAGAUUUCAAGAUUGGAAUGUUGUUUAUCUGACUGUGUUGACAAGAGAAAGCACAGAAGGGCACGGGUAGCACGACAUUAUUUGAGUUCAGGUUCAUUAGCAUUGUCUGCAGAAGAAAUAUCCUUAAUGGGCAAACACAACAGCUACCGAAAAGGCUUAGUCCCAUCUUAGAGAUUAAAUUUGAGAUAAAUGUCUAAUAGAGGAAGGUUAGCAGACUUUGGAUGUAGUUCGUAUUUGCUUAUUUGGGGGCAUAUGUUCACUUAAUAAGCGUUGUCUCUUCAGGAACUUAAUUCGAGGAACAAGUUAGCCUUUCCAAAGAGCUUCGGAGAAUGAGAUUAAAUUGACCACUGACUAUAGUUAUAGCUGCCUUGUGAGAACAUUUGCUGAUUGUCUGAUUAAAAGCAAAAGUUUUAUCUCGAAUCAGCACACUUUUCCAUCUAGGAUGAAGGCACACAUUUCCCUAAUUGUAAAUCUGUAAGGAAUUAAAUUGUAUUGUUAAAAUGCAAAGACAGAUGAAGUGACGAAUAAAAGUGAAGUAUUUAUUUCCAGAACUUUCAGAAGCUACUAGUGCAA